AUGAGCGUGGACGCGUCGCGCGACGCUCUGGGCGCCGUUCUUCUGCAGCACGGUCGUCCCGUCGAGUACGCGUCUCGCACCCUCACCGACGCCCAGAGGCGAUAUGCUCAAAUAGAGAAGGAGCUGUUGGCCAUCGUAUUCGCGUGUGAAAAGUUUCAUCAAUACGUUUACGGUAAACAAAAGAUUAUAGUCGAAAGUGAUCACAAACCAUUGGAGAGCAUUUUUAAAAAACCAUUAAUGUCCGUCCCAGCACGCUUGCAGCCCAUGAUGUUAAGAAUACAAGGUUAUGAUUUAAUUGUUAAAUAUGUACCGGGUAGAUAUAUGUAUAUUCCUGAUACGUUGUCUCGCGCGCCUCUGCCCGAUCUGUAUAGCGAUGAAAUUCAUACUAAGAUUGUAUAUCAAUUGAAAAUGGUCAUCAACAAUAUACUUGAAGGAAAUUAA